UAUAGAUACACGCAGACACGACCCUAGAGAGAGAGAGAGGGAGAGAGAUGGAAGGACUGACGGAAGACGAGAAAAAGGCGCUGAGAGGAAGCAAAUUUGCUCCUCUUCCACCUGGAACCAAUCAAGCUCGACCACAAUCCAGGCUGGCACACCCUGGGGGGCCGAUGAAGACGAACAAGGCAGCUGCCUUGGCAAAGUUCCUCGAAAGAAAGCUUCAGGAGCCAAAUGGGCUUGCUUCUGUUGAUCCAAAGCUUGUUGAGCUAGCUGUGAGAAACGCCAAAAAAACGGUUCAAUGCAGUGGGGCUUCAACAUCAGGAAGAAUCGUUCAUCAUGUGAACAAGUUUGAUGAUGCUGAGGACUUGGAAAAAGAGGAUAUAAAUGGAACAUCCUUGCCAAAAAAACAUAAGCAGAAGAAGAAAAAGAAGAAAGACAAAACCCAAAAGAAAAAACAAAAGAAAUUGGACGAUUCCACUGCUGAUGUUUCAAAGAGACCGAAAAAGAAGUUUAAACUGUGACCUACUGGAAUAUCCCUAUUUGUUAGUAAUGCCAGAGAGGCCGAAACCGAACAACCGGCCACCAUGGAGCUUAUGAUAUUGGAUUCUGAUGUCAAUCAGCUACAAAAUGGAUGCUGAUAUUUUCUUUUCAUAUCAGUCUAUCGGAGGCACAUUUUUUGGAGACUUGUUGAAUACUUAUCAUUUAAAAUCGACAUCUAGAACUAGAUUUGUUUAGGGACUCACAGAAAGAUAACUUCGUUGAACUGUAUUUUUGUGUUUCCUUUCUCUACAAAUACAGAGUUCAUUAGUUGCAGUUGCUAUGUUAUUGUAUUGCGAAA